AUGAAGAAGACGGCCCAUGACAACGAAGCUCUGGCUGCAGCCAUCGAGAAGCCGCAGGUCGAUGGCGCAUCCAGUCAUUCUCAAAGUGGCUCGCCGGCUAUAGACGAUUCGCAUGCGAACCUCGCUCGUGUUGAUGACGCGAUUGAAGCCAUUGGCUGGGGCAAGUAUCAGUGGCAGCUGGCCCUGACGUGCGGUUUCGGCUUUCUCGCAGACCAGAUGUUGCUAGUGGCCAUAUCGGUCGUCACCCCUCAGGCAUCUAUGGAGUUCAGUCCCAAAUAUCCUCUUUAUCUCGCCUUUCUCCCAUACUAUUUAGCAGCCAAUGGUGCGGCUCUCGGUAACUCAAGCAAUUAUAUCACAUACCGCGACUUCGCCGUCUCCUCUGUCGUCGGCAUCAUCGGGCCCGCAAUAAGCAUGUACAUGGUCUCUACGCGGCUUCGCUCUCGGAUCUCUAUAGCAAUUACGGCCGCUGCUUGUGUUGCCUUCGCAGGUGCCUUCACUACUGUCAAGAGCGAAGCACAGAAUCUCGCCUUCUCGUCAAUGCUGGGCCUAUGGCUUAACGCUGUCUAUUCCAUUAUCUAUGGCUACACUCCCCAAGCUCUCGAUGUUGAGCAUCGCGGCCUCGGCGCCGGACUACUCAUGUCAAUGGCCCGUAUUUCAUCAUUGUCCGCGCCCUUCAUUGCCACGUUCGCCGAUGUAAGGACAUCCGCCCCAAUUUGGGUGGCUUGCGGCUGCUAUGGCGUCAUCGGUCUGUCUGCCUUGAUCUUGCCAGUGGAUACCGCCAUGUUCAGCCGAAAGAGCAAAUGAAUACAAGAGCAAGGACAAGGGAAACACUAGUGUGAGUACUGCAAGGCCUAGGGAUAUAUUAUAAAGAUAGAGACCGUUCUACGCGCC